UAUAUGGUUGGUGAUUGAUGUUUUUUACGUAUUAACUAUUUACUAUUUUUUUUUUGUUUUUUGUGCCUAACUACGGUCUGUGAUUAUAAAUAAUCUUAUCUAUACUCGCAAAUAAAAGUACUGUAGUAUUACCUACUAUUACUAUAUAUUUACUAUUAUAAUAUUGUCCAUCACUCCGUCUUCUGCACAGGUCAUAGACAAUAGAGUAUGUUUUUAUUAUUCUGUAUGGUAUAGACCUCGAUAUUGUAUAUCUCGGUAUGUGAUAAUGAUCUAUGACUAUAAAAUGAUGUAUAGAAGAGUAUAGACGAAAAAUAGAAAGGAAAAAUUGAAAUUAUUUAUAUUGCGUAUUUGUGUUUAAUUUUAUUUUUCUCUGCUAAAUUAAGUCAGUUUUUAAAAGAAAAUUGUACAUCAACUGUCAAGUAAUUAUCAUCUGUGGUUAAAUUAAUUUCAAUUUUAAUGAAUAUGUCUCCCCUAAAAAGAGAAUAUUUGCCGCCACCACUGUCGCCAAGUCCUGUUUUGGAUAUAAGUGAUGAUGAGUUGGUCACAAUAUCUGUACGUGAUUUGAAUCGUCAACUAAAGAUGCGUGGAUUAACUAGAGAUCAGAUAGUACGCAUGAAACAGCGCAGACGAACAUUGAAAAAUCGUGGAUAUGCUGCUAGUUGCCGAAUCAAGAGAAUUGAACAAAAAGAUGAAUUAGAAACCGAGAAAUCUCAAGAAUAUCAAGAACUAGAUGAUCUGCAACAUUCAAACAAUAUGAUUAGAUCUGAAGUUGAAAAUACAGUUAGACAAUAUGAAAUGCUAAAAAGAUUUGCUGCAACUAAUAAAGUAAUGUUACCUAUAGAACUUCAAGCAUUAUAACUGAUAUAAUUUAUAAUUUUAUAUAUUAAUGUGGGCCAAACAGUAUUCUUACUUAAAAAGUAUUGUUUAGUAGAACUAUUAAGAUGAAAUUUUUAUGUAUGACAUUUUGAUUGAUUAUAAUAAUUUCUAUAAAUUAUAAUUUUUAUUUCAGAAAAAUAUAAUUUUUUAAAUUUUUAACUAGGUAUUUGGGAAUAUAUUAUAUUUUUAUGGUAUUUAUCAAUAUUGAGUAUUGAUAUAGAUAUUUAUUUAAUCAAUAAAUGUUAACUAUUAAGAAAACACAAAUUAUAGGAUACUAUAAAAUGUAUUGUCUAAUUAUAUUUUUUCAAGUUUACAUAUUAUGUUAUGUUCCUUCAACUAUUUUGUAUACUAUUGUCUAUUCAUUAGUAUGAUGUAUAAGAUUAUAUUUUUAUUUUUAUCUAGAUUUUACUUCUGUGGUUUAAUUAUUAAGUGGUAAUAAAAUAUAAAUUAUUUUUCUUAAAGUGUCUUAAUAUUAGUUUUAAAAUUACAUAAAUUCUAGAGGAAAAUAAGUUAUGUUCUAUAACAAUUAACAGUGGUAACAUUAAUCUGGUACUAUUGAAAUAAAUCAAUAUUCAAUAUCUAUAUAAUUUUGAAGGUAUUCUUGCAGAAUGGACUACAUGGUCCACCUCAAAAUAAUUCAAAUUUUGAAGGUACACAUAAUAUUUGAUAAUAUUAUUGAUGACUAGCAAAAACCAUAGAACUAUUGUACAAUGUGUGUACAGACAUACACAAACUUUAUUAGGAGGCCAGGAGGGUAUGUAAAAAUAAAAAAUUAAUGAUUGGAUCCUUUCUUCUAAAAAACUGCCUUAUUUUAAUCACAAACUAUUGCCAUUUAAUAUAUAUAAUUUUGUUAGUGAUUUUUUAUAAAAAUACAUUAAUAGCUUAUUUGUGAUUGUCUCCCUUUAAAAUAUGCUUAUGUCCUUCGAUGCAAUUAUUUGAAAACUAUAAAUAAGUAUUGUUAAAGAGCCUUCAAUAUUAUAUACAUUUCAUGGAAUCAUGGAGUAUACCAGAGGUAUAUCCUACUUACUUUAAUCAUACAUAUGUGAUUUUAUGGUGAAUCCAUUUUUUUAUAUUUAAAAAUGACAUGUAUAGCUCUUAAGUCAUUUUAUUACUGUAAAUGUUUGAGAUAAAGUAAAUAGUUAAGACGGUCGUUCGUAUAAAAUAGGUACUUCUAGUUUUCUUGGUCAAUAUUAAAAUUUGGUUACUUGUUUUCAAACUAGAUGAUUUUGAUAUGAUACAUGAUAAAUGUUUUAUCAAAAGAAAGAAUAAUACCAACUUUUUAUAAAAUAUUUUUAUUCAAAUUAUUUAAUGUAAUAAAAAACAAAAAAAAAAAUUAAUAAAAUAAAAUUUAAGAAUAUAAUUAAUGUUGUCUGAAGAUAAUGUCUUGUGUUCUUGUCAGAUGGUACUGCGGUAGAACAGCAGAGC